AGUAUCCAUAACACGCAACAAAGAGCACAUUUCACACCAAAUGUGUUAUAAGUACUUUUUUUUUUUUGGUAAAACCACACAGAUUUGUUUAAUUACAAAGAUAUCGUAUGUUGCUCCACAAUGAUAAGUUGUUGCUCCAUAAUGGUGAUUGAUAAGCUUGUUGCACUAUCUUUUACUCGUAACUAAUAGCAAUCAAGUUGUCCAUUUAUUUCCAUGAAACGUAAUCGAUAGUAGCUAAGUAAUUUAAUUGGUUAAAACUAAGAAGUGAGAACACUAGCUUUUUUUUGUUUUCUUUUCUUCUUCUUUUGUUGAGAGGGGGAAAAAACCGUAGACAACCCUUGAACCCUGGGCAAAGCAUCGUUUUUGAAGAUUGGCCCAACAAAAAAACAAAAAUAAAAAAUAAAAAAUAAAAAACCCAUAAAUUCUGGGGAAAAUCAAACUCCUGACUUCCCUCUCUCGCUCGUCCCCAAAACCCCAUUCCCCGCGCUUUAAUUCCCCUUUCGCCGGCGUCGGAAACCUUACUCUCUCCUCCCUUCGCCGGCGUCGGAAACCUAGACUCGCCGCCAUUCCAUUGAUACACAAUUUUCUCUCUCGUCCUCCUUCGCCGCAAAGUAGCGUAGUCAAAAUCAAUGGAGAGAAUACUGAAGAGCAGAAAUGAACUUCUCGAUCAAUGGAGAGCUAUUGAACAAGAGCAGGAACAAGAGGAUGAUGAUCAUCAUAAUUGUCAUGAUUCUUCUCGCCUUAAUCGUAUUCAACAAGCUAAAGAAAAUUGGUUUUCAUCUGCAUACAAUUUCUUGAUUUGUCUUCCCAGUUCGCAUCAUCCUUGGUGUGGAUAUUGGGAUAUAAUGGGUCCUUUUCUAGAGACAUUUUUCAAUUACUAUAAGGUUGAGAGCGAUGAUUCCCUUCUUAAGAUGUUAUGGGGUAGGGUAUCUCAAGAAAUGAGGAGGUGUACAGAGUGCAUCUCUCGGCACCACCAAGCCCAAGAGAUGUACAAAGCUGAAUAUGAGUCAGGUUUUAUUUCUCCCCUACUUAGUAUAUUGCAGCGCCUUGACGAAGAAAGAGUCUCUGAACACAUAAAAGAAGCAAACUCAAGACUUGCACAAGGAGGGUAUCAUCUUGAUCAUGAUAAUGCUGAGAUUGUUAGUUUAAUGUUUGAGGUCUUAACGUUCCCUAUAUUGUUGGGCGACGAGUUCAUUGUCAACGAAUUCCAAAAAUUGAUUGAGGCUGUUGAUGAUGCUCAUGAAUUAGCACUAGCCAAGCAACAGCACUUUCCGGGUGUCUACGCUUUACUUUUUUUCAAAAGCAGAAAAUCACGAUCUAUUGGCCAUCGGUUAGCUGGUAAUUUGGGAAAGUUGAGGUCUGCUGCAGAGCUGGAACCUCUCCAGCCUUUCCUUAAGAGAUGCAUUGGCUUUCUUACUGGUGAUGAGAUGCAGCCAACUUCUGAAAAUUCAAGGCCAAGAGUGCAUAUGGAUCAUAUUACUAUAUGGUUGGGACUCAAAGCAUUGCUUUCUUUUUUGGAACCUCCUGCACUAGAAGAUGGGAUAUUGGAACCAUAUCCUGUUUUUCUCAAUUUUGUACUGGAUCACAUCAGCGAUGAUUCCCCUGAAUUUUCUCAUGCAGUCAAUUGCAUGAGGUUGCUCUUUGAGAUUUUGGGCUGUAAACUUUGGUUGAGAACGUCAUUGCCUCCAAGUGUUAUGCGUGACUCUUUACUUAGUCAAUGUUUUCAUACACGAAAUGAGAAAACACAUAAAGAAAUAUUUGAUCUUUUCCAGCCACUUUUGCAGUCUCUUGAAUCUUUGCAUGACGGAGAAUUCGAAAAGCAACGUAGGCAUUUCUUAUACUUUCUCUUGCAUCAAGUAACAAGGAGUAGUAACUUUAGCAUGCUGAUGAGGAAAAAGGCUUGCCAGAUUUCUUUUCUUAUUGUCCAUCGUGGUUACAAGAUGAACCCGCCUAGCCCACCUUUUGAGUGUGCUCAUAUGUGGGGGCCUUCUCUUGUGUCAUCUUUGAAAGAUUUGACACUCCACUCUUCUCUGCGCCAGCCUGCCAUCGAUCUUGUACAAACGAUUAUUGUAUCGGAUGCUACUGCAUUAUUGUCCUCCUUGUUGCACUGCCAGACUUCAACAGAUGAUAGUAGCAAUUUCUUUGAACUGAGUGAAGAAAUUGAUGAUGCUACUUCAUGCUUUGUGCUGGAUGACAAGAAACGUGUUUGUUGCUGGAAUGAAUUUACCUUUCAAAGCAAUAUUGUUUGUCAGGAAUACACUGAAUGGAUGUGUGCUCCUAUGCUGUGGUUUGAUGUUUUGCUUGACAUUGAACCUUCAAUCCUACCAGUAUCAAUUGCUAAGGCUGUCCUGUGGGCUUUAUCUCGAUUUUCCAUGGUGGAGCCUGAAAAUAACUCUGAGCUGUCACUUCCUGUUAAAACUUGGCUUUCAUCAGGAGCUGCUGAAGUUGCAGCUUUUCUGGGUUGGAAAUGCCCUUCUGGUUCUGAUGAUAGUGGAGAUGGGAAGGUAUCAAAAAAUUCAGUAAGGGUGUCAACAAUGUGUAUCCCUUUGAUAAGAACCUUUCGAAGGUUAGCUGCACAAUUCAUAAUUCAACUGGAGCAAGGAGAGCUUCGGAGGCAGUGGACUUGGGAGCCACAGAUGGGUGAAAGUCUGAUCCUUUUGCUUUCAGACCCUAAUGAUAAUGUCAGGCAAGUUGGUAGGCGUAUUUUGGAGUAUGUCUCGGACACACGUGGCCUUGCUUCUGGUUUACAGUUCCUCUGUUGUUCAGGAUCUUCAUUGACUGCAAUUUUACAAGGCUUGAAGCAUGCUUUGAAGCUGGUACAGUUGGAUUCUGUUCUUGUCAAUUUCCAGAGUCUGCAUCAUUUCUUUUUUGUCCUUUGCAAAAUUUUUAAAGAAGGGUUUUCACCUGCUGCUCACCCAGCGGGAAAUUCUUCUGAUGAGCUAAGUCUUAAGUUCGCAUCUCAAGGUGGGUUCUUGCAGCAAUUAAACCUCAAUUCUUUGCAAGUGAAUGAUGGAAAACAGUUAUCCAAGGUUGAUAAGAAACUUUGGGAGAGCUUCAGCUCCGAGCUUGCUGAAGUUGCAUGGCCGUCUGUGAAAAAGUGCUUGCACAAAGGAAAGGCUUUUAUGGAUUAUAGAAUCUCACAGAUGUCUUGUGUCCGUUUGCUUGAAAUCCUGCCCAUUUUGUUCAGGGAACUUACACAAUCAUCUAAGGUGUUUCUUGGGAAAAAUUCAAGGAAGAUGAAUGGAUUAUCCGACAUGAGCUGGCUACAUGAUCUGGUAGAUUGGGGAAAGUCUGAACUGGAAGCAGUUAUUCGAUACUGGAAACUGUCUAUGACCUCUUUGCCUGCUUUGCUAAAGAGUUUAUGCAAUGAAAGAUCAGAGGCGACUGUCAAAGUUAUUGAAAAGUUGAUUGCAUCAGAUGUGGUUCCAAUGGAUUCAUUGAAGGAGCAAGUAUCACGUCUUUCUGUUUCAUUGUCAAAUAAAGUUUCAUAUAUUGACAAAUGCAUUCCAAAGUCAAAAUCACUUUCAGAUGGAUUGGCAGCUGGGAAGAAGAGUUCAUCUUUUAAUAUUGAGUCUUCUGUGCAAAUUUUGGACACUGUGGCCACUAGAAGCAGAAAUAGUGACCCGGUGAUUCUAUUAUCAGAUGAUGAGACUGAAAUUUUGGAACCUCCUGUUGUAGUUCGUGAUGCUAUAAAACCAAUUAAGGGAGAUGUUUUGGCUCCCUCUGCCGAUAAGUCAGUUAUGCAAUCCAAUAUUGAAAAGAGCUAUUCUGAAUCUGGGUCUGCAAGGAUUUUGUCAGAGGUUGUUGAAGAAAGAGCUCCAAAAGAUGUUGUGCUUGCACCAAAGUCUCGAAAACCUGCUGUGACAAAACAUGCCCUGACAUCAACAUCCCUUUUCAAAAUAAAAGACAAGCAGAUUGGAGAAACAGACGUCUCUAAGAGUAUCCUAAAAGAAGGCAUCACACUUGACAAAGCCACGGCUAGAUCCUUCCCUGCUGAAACUGCCAAAAACAAUCAUUUGGCUAAUGCCCAGAAAAAGGCAGUUUCUGGUUCGAAUGACACAAUUUUAAAGGAAAUUGUGCGUGAUACUGAAGAUCCAUUAGAAUCUGCAUUGAAGUCUGCCGGACGUAAUCAUUCAUCUUUGAAAAUGCAGAGUUCCUCUUUUCCUAAACGUAAAGUCAUUCAACUUGCAGAUCCUAUUGAUAGCAGAUCUGUAUAUUUGCGUAAGAUGGAGGCAGCAGCCAGACGGUUGAAGCCUCCAAAAAUGGAUGAAUGGUUUAGGGCAAUACUGGAGAUGGACUAUUUUGCUGCUGUUGGAUUAGAUACUGAUCAUCAAGAGAAAAAUGAGACACCGCUUGAUUUAAAGGAGGUUCCAGUAUGUUUUGAGUCACCUCAGCAGUAUGUGGACAUUUUCAGGCCCUUGAUUUUGGAAGAGUUUAAAGCACAAUUACGCAGUUCUUUCCAAGAGGUGUCUUUAUUAGAAGAAAUGUCUUGUGGCAGUUUAUCUGUGGUUUCAGUAGAAAGAGUUGAUGAAUUCCAUCUUGUUCGAUGCGUCCAUGACGAGCUUGGUUCUUCUGCAUCUAGCAGUUGUGCUGAGAAUGACUUAGUUUUACUCACUAAACAACCCAUAAAAAAUUCUCCUCAUAACGUAUACUUAGUAGGAAAGGUGGAGAGACGUGAGAAAGACAAUAAAAGAAGGCUAAAUAUGCUUCUUAUAAGAUUUUAUGUUUUAAGUGGAUGUUCACGCUUAAAUCGAGCUAGAAAGCAGCUUCUUGAGAGGAGCAAAUGGUACCUGAGUCGUAUUAUGAGUAUUACGCCUCAACUUCGAGAAUUUCAAGCACUUUCUUCAAUUGAGGUUAUCCCUGCCCUUCCAAUUAUCUUGAAACCUGCUGAUCAUUCUCAUGCCUCUACUCAGAAUAGAAAGGUAGAUUUGAGCAAGCUGUCGCGACCAAUGCAGCAAGUGCUCAAGUCAACCUUCAAUGGGAGUCAGAUUCAAGCAAUCAAUGCAGUUUUAGAAAUCCCUGAUUCUAAAAAUGAUUUCGAUUUGUCUCUUGUUCAGGGUCCUCCAGGUACUGGGAAGACACGCACUAUUGUGGCUCUUAUCAGUGCGCUGCUUGCAGUAUCAUUACAGUCAAAAACUAUUGACAAACAAUAUGGUAACAAUUUGAAACACAACUCUACUCCAUUUACCAAUUUCCGGAAAAGUAUUAGCGAGUCUGCUGCUAUUGCAAGGGCAUGGCAAGAUGCUGCCUUGGCUAGACAACUGAAUGAUAAUGCUGGGAAUGAUGUGAAAAUGCCAAGGUCCUCUGGGAGAAAGAGGGUGCUUGUUUGUGCUCAGUCUAAUGCUGCAGUUGAUGAAUUAGUUUCAAGGUUAGCUGGUGAAGGUCUGUAUGGUGCUGAUGGAAACAUGUACAAACCAUACCUUGUACGUGUUGGCAAUGCGAAAACAAUACAUCCAAAUUCAUUACCAUUUUUCAUUGAUACACUAGUAGAACAUCGUCUUGCUGAAGAAAAGAUGGCUGUGGGAGAUGGAAAGGAUGAGUUGAUUGUAGAAUCUUCGACAACUCUACGUGAGAGUCUAGAAAAGACGGUAGACCGCAUCAAAUUCUAUGAAUCUAAACGGGCUAAUUUGAAAGAUGAAAGUACCGACAAAGAUGGUGCUUCAGAUGAACAUCUUGAAGCUGAUAUUGGAAAGAAAAUGUUGAAUUCAGAGCUGGAAGCUAGGUUGCGAAGCCUUUAUAAUCAGAAAAAGGAGAUUUACAUUAGGCUUGCAGCAAUACAAGCCCGGGAAAAGAAGACUAGUGAAGAAAUUAGAGUGUUAAGGAAUAAAUUAAGGAGGUCAAUAUUAAGGGAAGCUGAAAUAGUGGUAACAACAUUGAGUGGGUGCGGUGGAGAUCUAUAUUCGGCAUGCUUUGAGUCUAUGUCUAAUAGUAAAAUUGCUAACCUGUCUGAACAUAACUUGUUUGAUGCUGUUGUCAUUGAUGAAGCAGCACAGGCUUUGGAACCAGCCACUCUGAUACCUCUUCAGCUUUUAAAAUCAAGUGGCACAAAAUGCAUCAUGGUUGGUGACCCAAAGCAACUUCCUGCGACAGUCCUUUCUAAUGUUGCCAGCAGAUAUUUGUACGAAUGCAGCAUGUUUGAGCGUUUACAGAGGGCUGGUUAUCCAGUCAUUAUGCUCACUGAACAAUACCGAAUGCAUCCUGAGAUAAGUCGUUUUCCUUCCUUGCAUUUUUAUGAUGGCAAGUUGCUGGACGGUGUUCUGUCAUCAAGUAAAGCUGCACCUUUUCACAAGACUCCGGGUCUUGGACCUUAUGUUUUCUAUAAUGUCAGUGAUGGUCAGGAGUCCUAUGGAAGAAAUGCUGGGUCUUCAUCCCUAUAUAAUGAGGGUGAGGCAGAUGCUGCCAUUGAAAUAGUGAAGUUUUUUCAGAAAAGGUAUUCUUCAGAGUUCAUUGGUGAAAGAAUUGGUAUUAUUACUCCAUACAAGAGCCAACUUUCCCUUUUACGCUCAAGAUUUUCCAGUGUAUUUGGAUCGUCUGUUUCUUCAGAAAUGGAAUUUAAUACUAUUGAUGGUUUUCAAGGUCGGGAGGUUGACAUACUCAUUCUUUCAACAGUUAGAUCUUCGGAUACAUAUUCUACGGCUUCCAAAAUGAACUCUAGCAGUAUUGGGUUUGUUGCUGAUAUUAGGCGAAUGAAUGUUGCUCUCACAAGAGCAAGGCUUUCUCUGUGGAUUUUGGGCAAUGAGAGGACAUUGAAGAAAAACCGUGAUUGGGCUGCUCUUAUGAAGGAUGCUAGGGAGCGGAAUUUGAUUAUAUCUGUGAAAAGACCUUACAAGUCCAUAUGUGAGAACAUAUUGGGUACAACCACCAACACCAUAUGUUCAGAUGAUUAUUGUGGCAAGCUUAGUGAAGAAGUUAAGAAAAGCCAGCAUGGCUUGCAAAUUGGAAGUAAUCAUGAUAACUUCAGAAGGAAGAGUAAGAACAAGGACAUGAAGCAUAAGCGUGAUAAAUCUUCUGCAAGUGAGGGCCUUGAAACUGCCAGAACUAAAGAGGAUACUACUGAGAAAUGUAAGAAGCAGGCUGAGCAGCAGGAUAUUCAUCAGAGUGUGAAAAAAAAACAUUAGCAGUGUCAACCUACCUGACCAAGAAAAAAGUAUCCAUGAUAAAAUCACAAAUCCACCGGGGUCAAGUGAGCAUGCUCAUACGAGGGGGAAAACAGGUAAAUAUACAAGGGGUGUACACCAGCUUGAGCAUGAAAAUAGUGGUCUUAAGAAAAUCUCUGAUACACUGGGGUCAAAAGGAGUUGAAAACCCUGUACGACAUUCUAAAAAUCAGGACCCCGCACGACAUUCUAAAAAACAGGACCCUGUAGGGAAUUCUAAAAACCAGGAAUUUGUUGUACGGCAUUCUAAACACCAGGAAGAUAAAGGAGGUCUAAGAUCGCAUGUUAACAGCAAGGUACAAAGUAAAGGCGUGGAUGAGGAUGGGAGACCUGCUGAGAUUGAGAGGCCAAAGGACAUGAUUUCUAAUAGAAAGCAACAGCGAGAGGCUGUGGAUGCUCUUCUUUCCUCAGCCCUUUUACCUUCUAAGAAACCUGAAACCUCAGCCAGAACCGUGGCCCACAAAAGGCCUCGUUCUCCAUCAUCAACAGGUGGUGUUUCUAAAUCGACCAAGCAACAAAGAGGCCUGCAAGCUGAACAGAGACAGAAGAAAGACAGGAAUGUGGAAUCCCUUAGCUCCAGUAAAAAGAGAUGAUGUCGUAUUAUAUGGAAUGGGAUUCAGUUACUGUGUAAUGGCUAUCUAUCACUUGAAUAAAUGAUGUGAUUAGCUAACAGUAACAGAACACUAUGCUGCAAAGUGAGUAGGGUUCAAGUUUUCCAGGUCUGAGUAUCAUGUAAUUCGAUAGACUUCCUCCAUGCAGAACUGAUUAUUGGUUGGUACACCGUCGAUGCAGAAUGUAUGGCCUUCAUAAAAGUUUAGCUGUUUGAGUUGAAGAUGUGCACAUAUGGCACCCUCUCCACAUGUCUCAAGGACCCGAGGAGCCAAUCCCCUCACAAGAUGAAUUAUUAUGCUGUAAAAUCAUCUUGUUCUGGUGUAUUAUUGGCAAAUCAAAGCAUGAUAAAGUUCAACCUCGGAUCCUCUGGAGCAGUGAAGUACAUACAUACGUUAAGUCUGCCCUUGUUUUGCUCGUGUAUAUUAUGCCAGAGGUUGAUGCAAAUGGCUACGAUGCUUACUUUAUUCUUGCUGUUAAAGAUCCCACUUCGCUAUCGACAUAGCUGUGAUUAUACCAAAGAUACUGGUAUUUAAUAGGUUGAUUUCUUUCUGAAUUGUGAUUGGUACAUAAAUGAUUGCAAUGUAGUUGGCGGAGCAAGUGAAAGGUUGCUUUCUGACGCUCAACAGAAGUUAUGAUUGAAGAAAUGAAUUAUAAGGUUCAUUUUCUCUCUCCUCAACAUUAUUCUUUUCAGUCAUAUCCUUUUUUGGUCAAGUUACUAAUCAUAGUAUUUCCAUGUUAAGUAGGUUUAUAUGGCUGGCAAUUACAUGAUUAAUUAGUGCUUUGCAUUAGUCGGACCAUUAAAUAAUUGUUUGAGUUUUUAUGAAAUGUACCUUUUGGGAAAAUCCAAAAGCAAAGAAAUUUUAUUUAUACAAUACAAAAGCAAAAUAGUACAGUACUAGUUUGAUAAUGUCAUAAUAUUUGUUAUAGUUGUC